UGGCCCCUCCUCCCCCUGCUGCUGUGGUGCGCUGGCUGAGUUGAAGCGCAACAACGCGGAGAGCGCAGCAGCGACUUCACCGCUGCAACUUUGGGUUUUUUGGAGCCGUCGAUGAGCGCGUUUGAAGUGCCUUGUUGGUGAAGACAAGGGGAUCUAGUCUGGAGCUGCGGUUCCCCCUCUGCCAGUCCCAUCAAAAUGAAACUCCUGAUUUGUGUGAUAGCAGUCGCCUGGGCCGUGGGAUCUGCGCACGGAGGCGUGGGGAAGUCUGACGAGCCGUGUGGAGGCCGGGACUGCGGCGCAGGAUGCCGGUGCAGCCCGGAGAAAGGCAGCAGGGGUCGUCCAGGGGCUCUCGGUGAAGUCGGUCAGAGCGGACCAGAGGGGCCACGUGGGGGCCUGGGGCCUACAGGGCCUAAAGGAGAGAAGGGCCAUCUUGGCCUAAAAGGACCAUCUGGCCCCAAAGGGGACAAGGGACCUAUGGGAGUGCCGGGGUUCCAGGGAAAUGACGGAGUACCUGGUCACCCGGGUCAGGGCGGGAGCAGAGGACCGCCAGGACUGGACGGAUGUAACGGGACCAUAGGAGAACCUGGAUAUCCCGGCUUUGGGAAUGGAGAACCUGGAUUCCCUGGAAUCACUGGCCCUGGCGGGCCAAAGGGUCAGAAAGGAGAGCCUCAGUUCAUCUCAAACGGCAUCACGGGUUUACCAGGUCCACCAGGAGUGGACGGUUUUCCUGGGGUCAGAGGUCCUGAUGGUCCACCUGGUUUUACCGGUCCGAGGGGGCCGGAGGGAUUCUCCGGUGUGCCCGGUCCUCCCGGCCCCCCAGGGCCAAUGGGGAGCCGUAGUGACGGAUAUGUAGGAGAGAAAGGAGACAAGGGCGACUCGGGUCUUCCCGGACCCAGCGGGACCCCCGGCGACGGGUCGCUCAGAAGCGAACAAACUCUCACUAUCUACAAAGGAGAUAAGGGUGAGCCUGGCCAGAAGGGAGUCAGAGGAUUCACUGGCAAUCCUGGCCCACCUGGACUGUUCGGCUAUCGUGGUGAACUCGGAGAGAAAGGCAUUCCUGGAUACCCCGGGGCAAGAGGUCCCCCUGGUUUUAACGGGCCCCCUGGAGCUCCGGGACAACAGGGAUUAAUAGGUACUCCAGGUUUCCCCGGGCAACCAGGAUACAUUGGACCUAAGGGAGACCAGGGUGACCAAGGAGCACCGGGACCUCCGGCUUACGUUUCUAAUUUUGGCACUUUAAUUCAAGGACUAACGGGUGACCCGGGUUUCAACGGCCUCCCCGGUGCCCCUGGUGACCAGGGAUUCCCAGGAUACCCAGGACAACCAGGCCAGCCAGGGAUUGGAGGAUUUGGUACAGGUCGUCCCGGAGCUCCCGGUUUCCCCGGGAACAGCGGCCCAAAGGGAGAGAAAGGAAACCCAGGUUUAGAAGUGUAUGGCCCCGAAGGAAUCCCUGGCUCCCCUGGACUCCCCGGCCCCCCCGGCCCUCCUGGACCUCAGGGCUCGUUCGGUACGUUCACACAGGAUCGACUGACAAAAAGCCCUUUAUCCACAGCUGGUCAUGGUGGGAGCUGUCGAGGCUCGUUUGAGAGGCGAGAAGGCGAUCCUGGCGACUGUGCCUGCAUUGGGGGAGGCACCUCAGGGUUGCCCGGGUUACCUGGAGCCCCGGGAGCCAACGGCAACCCCGGCUUUGCUGGACGAAAGGGCGAGCUUGGUGACGGCGGUCCACCGGGCUUUAAUGGCGGUCAGGGCCCUCCUGGUCGCGCUGGUGAGCUCGGUUUCUCGGGACGUAAGGGAGAGAAGGGGGCGUCGUACUACCCCAAUCAGGGCUUGGGGGUGAAAGGAGAGCUCGGAGAUCCUGGACCCAGAGGACCGACUGGGGAAACUGGAAAACCGGGCAGAGAUGGACGGCCGGGCUUCCCGGGAAUCCCUGGCCCCCCAGGUGACGCUGGCUUUGGCACAGUUGGAGAGAAAGGUUUCCCAGGGUUCCCGGGGCCAAAGGGUCGGUCCGGUGGCCCCGGCGAGCCUGGCAUCGGCUACCCCGGCUUGCCUGGCUUUCGCGGAGAGCCUGGAGACCCUGGUAUUCCUGGAGAACCAGGGCCACGAGGUUUACCCGGACUUAAAGGUGAAAACAGCUGUGAAGGGGUUAAUGGCGCCGGAGAGGGAACGGGCUCAGCUCUACCUUGCACCAUCCCCGGGGAGGAAGGAGACCCCGGUGACCCCGGUAUACCUGGACGACCUGGUCCUAAAGGUCAACCCGGUAACCCAGGAGGCCCCGGACGUGCCGGGUUCAACGGUGCCAAAGGAGAGAGAGGAGACCCUGGUUUUGGAGGCCAACCUGGACCACAAGGUUUCCCGGGACCCAGAGGUGAUCCUGGAGUUCCAGGUGCUCCCGGACAGAGUUUCGACGGAGCCAGGGGGAAGGAUGGCACCCCUGGGCGUCCUGGAGCCAAGGGCCAGACCGGAGAGGUACUGGGAGCCAAUCCCGGUGGCCCAGGACGGGACGGGGCACUGGGUAUCCCUGGAGACAAGGGCCAGCCCGGGACGCCAGGACAACCUGGAUUACCUGGUAGUGACGGACGCUUCGGUGUUCCUGGGGUGAAGGGGGAGCGCGGAGUUGACGGUGCUCCUGGUGAUCCUGGUCUUCCCGGACUUCCGGGCGAUCCGACUUUUGGCAUUCCCGGUCGGCGUGGACCUCCUGGCGUGAGCGGACCGGGCGGAUCACCAGGCUGCCAAGGUUACCCCGGUCGGAAGGGAGAGAGAGGGGACCCCGGGUUCCCAGGACCAGCUGGAAUGAAGGGAACACCAGGACUGCCCGGCACCGAUGGAUCACCGGGGCCCAGGGGACCCCCGGGACCACCAGGACCGGGAACCAGAGAGGGAAUCCCAGGAACACAAGGAAGGAAGGGUGAGCGAGGUGUAUCCGGACUGGUGGGUUUCCCUGGACUACCGGGUCGUCCUGGUAGUCCAGGGUUUCCUGGAGGCAAAGGACUGGCUGGAGGGCCCGGAAGAGACGGACGCCCUGGCGGUCCCGGAUUCCCCGGAAUGAAAGGUGACAGAGGAGUACCCGGUCUCCCCGGCCCGCCCACUCGUUUUGACCCAACCAGUCGUGGUAUAAAAGGAGAACCAGGAAACCCCGGAGCGAACGGUCUUCCUGGCUUCCCCGGACCCAGAGGUGACAAGGGUCUGUCAGGUCAGCCCGGUCGUCCCGGUCUCCCUGGACUUCCUGGUUAUGCUGCGCAGAGCAAAGGACAGCCGGGAGAGCCGGGGUUCCCUGGGCGACCAGGAGCGCCAGGCUUCCCCGGACCGAAGGGAGAAGCUGGAAUCAUGGGAUUCCCCGGCAUGUCUGGACCAAGGGGUGAUGAUGGCGUACCUGGUUUCCCCGGCAACCCUGGAGAAUUUGGUCGGCCUGGUGGCAAAGGGGCACCCGGUGAAAGUUACGGUUAUCCUGGAGCUCCAGGGCUUAAAGGCCAGCCAGGAGAUUCAGGCUUCCCAGGUGGCCGUGGCUAUGACGGCGCCCCCGGUGACACCGGCAUUCCAGGAAGUCCAGGUUUCCCCGGAGUGAAGGGAUCUCCUGGUGAUAGAGGACGGCCUGGAUUUAUGGGCUCCCCUGGUUUCCCCGGGCCCAAUGGCCUGUCCAGCUACCCAGGAAGAAGAGGAGCAGAUGGGCCUCCUGGUCCGCCUGGAGGUCCGGGAGGUCCAGGAGCCAAAGGUUUGCCCGGAUCCCCUGGUUUGGAUGGACUUAAUGGCCUUGCUGGACCUAAAGGCCUCCCUGGAACCCCAGGUGGGAGUGUAGGCGGUCGCCCAGGAGCCUCCGGUGCUCCGGGGUUGAAGGGAGAGAGAGGAGUCUCGUAUCCCGGAGCUCCAGGCUUCCCGGGGCAGAAGGGAGAGAGAGGAAAUACAGGUGGUCCUGGACUCGUGGGGUUCCCUGGUCUGCCCGGACCUCCUGGUCCCACUGUGGGGUCGAAUGUCCCCGGACCUUUGGGAGACCCUGGCCUCCCUGGACUGGACGGAGAGUAUGGUAGACAAGGUCCUCCAGGUUCUCCCGGGCCUCCUGGUCCAGGCACAGCCCAGGGGGACAGAGGUGACUCUGGGCUCCCGGGCUUCCCUGGCUCCCCUGGCAGGAAAGGAGACUCCGGCAUACCCGGAGGUGCCGGACUCCCCGGCAGUCCCGGUUUCAAAGGAGCACGAGGUGAGACUGGCUACGGCGGAGGUCCUGGUCUCAAUGGUUUCCCCGGUGACCCUGGAUACUAUGGAAACAAAGGACCCAAGGGAGUACAAGGGCGUCCUGGGCGUAAGGGUAGCCCUGGAGUGGCGCUGCCUUCGCCCCCACCAAAGUUCGAGAAACGCUUCGGAGAUGUGGGUUCUCCCGGUCCAGUUGGCAGCACCGGUGUCCCCGGAGAAUCCGGUCCGCCAGGAAUGCCCGGACGUCCAGGUCCCAAGGGUCGUCUCGGUCCCGUGGGUAAACUUGGCAGGACUGGAUCUGCUGGUUUUCCCGGACCUGUCGGCGACGCCGGACCCCCCGGUUUCCUUGGACCCACUGGAGAACAAGGUCCCACUGGUCAGGCCGGUCGGCCCGGCGCUCCCGGCGGCGUGGGCCGCAGUACCAGCAUCGGCUACACUCUGGUGAAGCACAGCCAGAACUCCCAGGUUCCCAUGUGUCCUCAGGGCAUGGCCAAGCUGUGGGACGGGUACAGUCUGCUGUACGUCGAGGGACAGGAGAAGGCUCACAACCAGGACCUCGGUCAGCCGGGGUCGUGCCUCCCCAGGUUCAACACCAUCCCCUUCCUCUACUGUUCCCCCAACGAGAUCUGCUACUACGCCAGCCGCAACGACAAAUCCUACUGGCUCUCCACCACUGCACCCAUACCCAUGAUGCCUGUGGCCGAGGAGCAGAUUCAGCCUUACAUCAGCAGGUGUUCUGUGUGCGAGGCUCCCUCUCAGCCUGUGGCGGUCCACAGUCAGGACAUGACCAUCCCCACCUGUCCCCCCGGCUGGAGGAGUCUCUGGAUAGGAUACUCCUUCCUCAUGCACACAGCGGCCGGCGCCGAGGGCGGCGGUCAGUCCCUGCAGUCCCCUGGCUCCUGCUUGGAGGACUUCCGCGCGACGCCGUUCAUCGAGUGCAACGGGGGAAAGGGCACCUGCCACUACUUCGCCAACAAGUACAGCUUCUGGCUCACCACCGUGGACCCCCGCCAGGAGUUCGUUUAUUCGCCAGCACAGGAGACCCUGAAGGGGGGCCAGGAGCGCUCCAAAGUCAGCCGCUGCCAAGUCUGCAGCAAGAUCUUGUAGGAGGAGGAGGAGGAAGAGGAGGAGGAGGAGGAGGAGGAGGGGUGGAGGUGAUAUAUCAGCACCUCACAGGAAAUA